GUUCGCCGAGGAGGAAGAGGGUGACUGUCGUGCCCUGCACGGUGAACGUCGGCGCAAAUAAGGCGGUGGUGAUUGCUAGUUGUGCUUUGUAAUUGCUGAGGGGAUCUAUUGGGAAAGCUAUGGAAUCCUAGCGAAAGCCAUUGUAGCUGGUGAAUGAUCUCUCAAUUCCCCUAGAUUUCGCUUUACCCAAGCGGCAAUUGUGGUCUUCAGGGUCGUAGUCGUGAGUUUCCAGUGUGUGUGGUGUGUUGUUGCUUAGAAGGUCCACAAAGGUUUUGGAUUAAGUGUUUCCUGAGGAUCGGAAGAAAGGAUGGUUUGGAAAGCAGAGGGCAGAUCGCGGGGUGUUCCACGGUAUCGGAGAGGUGUUGCUGGUAGGCAAGGUUAUCGAGAUAAGGUUGAAUAUGUAUAUACUCCAACGCGUGAGCAGGGCGAUGAUGAAGCGGUGGAUAUAAACCUUCGACAAACUGGCGAUGGAGAGAUGUGUGAGGCUCGACAAGACAUUCAACCGUGUGAUAGUAGCACACCAGAAUCGAUCAGCAGUCAGAGAAACGAUGCGGAUUCCGGAAAGGGAACUGUGCACGAUAAUGAUCUAGGGUUCAGGGAGGAGGUGGAGGAGGUAGGAGUGAAAAGGUUACUCAAGUAUGCAGCAUGUAUUGAAGAACAUCCAUUGUCUUUGUCUGAAACGGAAAACAACAAACAACAACAAGACGACGAGGUAAUGGUUUUGCAGUCGAUAUAUGGAUCUGAUUAUCUUCCCAUUAUCGAAGGUGAUGAUAGACCUAUUGCCUUCAUGAUUCUUGUGCAUCCAGAUAUUCCAGAGGGGAUUAAAAUUUUUGCAGACGCACCUAAAUCACUUGGGUGCGAUGGAGCUUCAGCUAGUGUAAGUGGCAACGACCAUUCAUUUACCGUUCAAGCCCUUCCUCCAAUGACCUUGCUGUGUGUCUUUCCUCCUAAUUAUCCAUCCCAUUCGGCGCCUCUAUAUGAAAUCACUUGCUCAUGGUUAACCAAAAAGAAGCUGUCAACCUUGUGCACGUGCCUUGACAAGAUCUGGGAGGAAACAUCUCCGGAAGUGGUGGUUUACAUGUGGUCAGAAUGGUUACGAUCACAGGCACUAUCAGAAUUGGGUAUGAGUGAAGGGAUUGAAUUAGGAAACGAUUUUGAGGAGAGAAACGGGAAGAGCGGAGAGGGACUUGAUUGGCGUGCUGUUUCAAGAUUGAAUUCGUCUAAUGCAGACGUUUAUUCUUUACUACAGUAUGAGGAAAGCGCCAAGCACAAAGUGUUCCAAGAAUCCGUGCAUACUUGCCUUAUCUGUUUCUCCGAGUAUUCUGGUUAUAGCUUCACAAAACUACCAUGUCAGCACUAUUUUUGCACGACCUGUUUGAAGCAGUACUGCAACAUGCACGUGAAAGAAGGGAGUGUUUUGAAUUUGAAUUGUCCAGACACAUCUUGUAAGGAGCAAAUUCCUCCUACUUACCUGAAGCAGCUUCUAGAUGAGGAGGCUUUCGAGAGAUGGGAUAACCUCUCGUUGCAGAGAGCAUUAGAUGCAAUGGCAGAUGUGGUGUACUGUCCAAAGUGUAAAACCGCCUCUCUCGAGGAUCCGGACCAUCUUGUGCAGUGCAGCCAGUGCCGUUUCAGCUUUUGUAGUUUGUGUCUAUCGAACUGGCAUCCUGGUCAAACCUGUAUGUCUCCGGAGGCGAAACUUCGAAUCCUUCAGAGCCGGCGACAAGGAAGGGAAAUGGGAGAAGAAGCGAUCAAGAAGGAAAAGGAGUUGAUAAAUGAAUGCUUGGACAUGGAUUAUAUUAAAAGGGAAGCUAAGCAGUGUCCAACUUGUAGAAUGGCAGUGCAGAAGUCAGAGGGCUGCAACAAGAUGAUUUGCACCAAUUGUGGGGGUUACUUCUGCUUCCAAUGUGGUAAAAAAAUUGCUGGCUAUGACCAUUUUCGGGGAGGCUCUUGUAUACUUCUGGACCAACUAGAACUAAACCGCUGGGAACUGCAAUUCAAUUUACAGCUACAGCAGCUGCAAGAGCAAGAUCUAGUUCCUCGUAAUCCUCGAGGUGCUGCAGGGAUGGCUGCUGCUCGACCUUGCCCUAAUUGCAAGCAGGUCAAUUACAAGGCCGGAGGGAACAAUCAUAUUUUCUGCUGGGCUUGUCAAUGUCAUUACUGUGGUCUUUGCAAUAACGUAGUACGAAAGGGUGCAGGGCAUUUUGGAACAGGGCCUAACAAGUGUAAGCAACAUACUCCUGAUUGAUCUGCUGGCAGAGUGCUAGCGAAUUUUCACAAACGUGAAACUGUAUGAUACGACCAUUGUCGUAUGAAGAGUUCCUCUGUUACAUUACGACCUAUAGUGGAUGUGUGUUUGGCAGUUGUGGAAGACUCUCUCAUUGCGCAUCGUCCUGUGCAAAGAGAAGGCUGAAAUUUGUUUUGAUUGUUUAAAUUGAUUAAGCUUUAGCUUCUUUUGAAAAAUAGUGUGGCUGUGUGUGAUUACUGUGACUAAGAAAUCUUGUGUAGUUUAGUUUCUUACUCAGGCAGUGACAAACUCUUUCUUCUCUAAAUUGCUGACGAAGGAUGUAAACCCUAAACUUUUAACCUAUUCUACGAUAGCUGCUCCAA